UGCACUAAAUUUUGACAAAACGCGUUGCCCCGUAGUCGAUUGUGACGUGUUGUUUUUUUGUAAAAUAUGUUUUCCAUUUAAUAAACUGGGAGUUCACUAUAAGAUUAUCCCUAAAACCAAUCCCAAUCUCUGCCAGCGACACAUCGGACAUAAUGCUGACCCUUCGGGACCGCCAAAUCAAUGCCAUUAAGCAAAUGCUUAAUUUAAACUCACAGCAGCCGAAAGCCUUGGCAGCUGAGCCUGUGUGGAAGAUCCUUAUAUAUGAUCGUGUGGGUCAAGACAUUAUUUCGCCUAUCAUUUCUAUCAAGGAGCUGCGCGAAUUGGGCGUGACUUUACAUGUCCAAUUGCAUUCUGAUCGCGACUCCAUUCCCGACGUGCCGGCUAUUUAUUUCUGCCUGCCCACUGAUGAGAAUCUCGACAGGAUCCAACAGGACUUUUCGAACGGCCUUUACGAUGUCUACCACUUGAACUUCUUGGCUCCAAUUACUCGUAGUAAGAUCGAGAACCUGGCAGCCGCUGCACUUCAUGCCGGUUGCGUGGCUAACAUUCAUCGCGUUUAUGAUCAGUACGUGAACUUCAUUAGCCUGGAGGAUGAUUUCUUUGUUCUGAAGCACCAGCAGAGCGAGCAACUCUCCUACUAUGCUAUCAACCGGGCCAAUACCCGCGAUGAGGAAAUGGAGGCGCUAAUGGACUCCAUUGUAGAUUCCUUAUUUGCCCUGUUUGUCACGCUUGGAAACGUUCCCAUAAUCCGAUGUCCACGUAAUAGUGCCGCUGAAAUGGUGGCCCGUAAGCUGGAAAAAAAACUGCGCGAAAAUCUCUGGGAUGCGCGAGCUAACCUGUUCCAUAUGGACGCUACCCAAGCAGGUGGCGGGGUGUUCAGCUUUCAGCGACCGGUUCUACUAUUGCUGGACAGGAACUUGGAUCUGGCCACACCACUACACCACACAUGGUCGUAUCAAGCGUUGGUGCACGACGUCUUGGAUUUGGGACUGAAUCUGGUCUACGUGGAGGAUGAGACAGCCACCGCUGGGGCCCGAAAAAAACCCAAAGCCUGUGACCUGGACCGCAACGAUCGGUUCUGGGUGACACACAAAGGCAGCCCAUUUCCCACAGUCGCUGAGGCCAUCCAGGAGGAGCUGGAGUCUUACCGCAACUCUGAGGAGGAAAUCAAGCGCUUGAAGACUUCUAUGGGAAUUGAAGGCGAAUCUGAUAUUGCCUUUUCGCUGGUGAACGAUACCACCGCUCGGCUGACAAAUGCUGUUAAUUCUCUGCCCCAGCUUAUGGAGAAGAAGCGGCUGAUUGAUAUGCACACAAAGAUCGCCACUGCAAUUUUGAACUACAUUAAGGCACGACGGCUGGACUCCUUUUUUGAGAUCGAGGAGAAGAUCAUGUCGAAACAGACACUGGAUAAACCGUUGCUGGAUCUGCUUCGCGAUUCAGAGUUUGGCCAGGCGGAGGACAAGCUGCGUUUGUACAUUAUUUACUUCAUUUGCGCGCAACAGCUGCCCGAAUCGGAACAGGAACGGCUCAAGGAGGCGCUCCAGGUAGCAGGCUGCGAUCUAACUGCUCUCGCGUAUGUGCAGCGGUGGAAGGCUAUUAUGAAUCGCUCACCAGGAAACAGCCAGGCCACACAGUACGAGGGCGGCGGCACCAAAACAGUGUCCAUGUUUACUAAGCUCGUAUCUCAGGGCAGUUCCUUUGUGAUGGAGGGUGUAAAGAACCUGGUAGUUAAACGGCAUAAUCUUCCUGUGACCAAGAUCACCGAACAGGUGAUGGAGUGCCGAAACAAUACUGAGACCGAUGACUAUCUGUAUUUGGACCCUAAACUCCUAAAAGGUGGGGAUGUACUGCCAAAGAACCGAGCUCCUUUCCAGGAUGCCGUCGUUUUUAUGGUCGGCGGCGGUAACUACAUCGAGUACCAGAACCUGGUGGAUUUUAUUAAACAGAAGCAGACGUCCAAUGUACAGAGGCGCAUAAUCUACGGCGCCUCCACCUUGACCAAUGCGAGGCAGUUCCUCAAGGAGCUCUCCGCCCUGGGCGGUGAGAUUCAGUCGCCGACGGCGACGAGUUAGGGUCAACUGCCCCGCUUUCACUGCUGUUGAGCGGAGUGGACAGGUAUUGAGUUGGAAUGGGCCGGGGUGCAGUGUGUCUGUGUGGCUUUUUUCUUUAUCUUUAAGCAUAUCGAAAAAUAAAUUAAAUGCCAGGCGAAAAAAAA